UUUGUGUAAUUUAAAAACUUGUUAAUUAUAUAAUAUCUUGAUUAACUGUCAACAUGAAAAACAGAUUUAGUACCUUGGAUAUUAUAGCUAUGAUUAACGAACUGCAGAAAUGCAUUGGGAUGCGUGUGAAUCAAGUUUAUGAUAUUGAUAAUAAAACAUAUCUUAUUCGUCUGCAGAGAUAUGAAGAGAAAACGAUUCUUCUCCUCGAGUCUGGAGUAAGAAUACACACCACAGAAUAUGAAUGGCCGAAAAAUCCUUCUCCAUCAGGCUUCUCGAUGAAAAUGAGGAAGCAUUUAAAAAACAAAAGAUUAGAAAAGCUGAAUCAGUUAGGAAUGGACCGUAUUGUUGACUUGCAAUUUGGCAUCAACGAGGCAGCUUAUCAUAUUAUAUUAGAAUUGUAUGACAGAGGAAACAUAGUACUUACAGAUUUUGAGUACACGAUCUUGAAUAUUUUGAGACCAAGGACGACAGAGAGCGAAGACGUAAAAUUUGUUGUACGUGAAAAAUAUCCAGUGGAUAAGGUUUUGUGUUCUUCAGAAACAUUUAACCGUGAUGCAUUGUUUUUUAGUUUAAAACAAGCUAAGGACGGAGACUCCUUGAAAAAGCUUCUUUUGCCACAAGUUGCUUUUGGUCCGGCUCUUUUGGAUCAUGUUUUGAUUAAAAAUGGAUUUCCCAAAAAUUGUGCUAUUAAUAAGCAGUUUAAAAUACCUAAUGAUAUGAACAGAUUAUUUUUAUGCCUGGAAGAAGCUGAUGUAUUAUUGAAGCAUAUUUCUAUGAAAUCACAAGGUUAUAUUAUUCAAAAAGUUGAAAAAAAUAAGGAUUCUCAAGAUGUUAUCACCAAUAUUGAAUUCCAUCCAUAUUUAUUUCAUCAGUUAUCUGAGAUGACAUUUACUACCUAUGAUACUUUUGAUAAAGCAGUUGAUAAUUUCUUUUCCAGUUUGGAAGGACAAAAAAUUGACAUCAAAGCGCUUCAGAAAGAAAAAGAAGCAUUGAAAAAAUUAGAAAAUGUGAAAAAAGAUCAUGAUCAGCGUGUGUCCAAACUUAAGCAGAGCCAAACUGAAGACAUGAAAAAAGCACUAUUAAUCGAAAUGAACUCGGCUUUGGUGGAAAAAGCCAUCACUAUCAUCAGAAGUGCAAUUGCCAAUCAAAUGAGUUGGAGUGACAUUGAAGAGCUCAUCAAAGAGGCCCAAGCUGAAGGUGAUCCAAUUGCUAAAACAAUCAAGAAAUUAAAACUGAACAUCAAUCACUUUACUCUGCUGCUGUCAUCACCUCUCUCGGACAGUGAAGAAGAUGAAUUAAAACCACAAUUGGUAGAUAUUGAUUUGGGCUGCUCAGCCUAUGCCAACGCUCGUAAAUAUUACGACAUGAAAAGAGCUCAUGCAAAGAAAGAACAAAAAACAUUGGAAUCAUCUGAAAAGGCAUUUAAAAGUGCAGAAAAAAAGACAAAACAAACUCUAAAAGAAGUUGCAGUAACUACGAGCAUAACCAAAGCUCGAAAAGUGAUGUGGUUUGAAAAGUUUUUGUGGUUCAUUAGUUCUGAGAAUUAUUUAGUCAUUGCUGGGAGGGAUGUUCAGCAGAACGAGUUGCUGGUGAAAAGAUACAUGAAAACUUCUGACUUGUAUGUCCAUGCCGAUUUACAUGGCGCUAGUAGUGUCAUUAUAAAGAAUCCAUUGGGAGGGGAGGUUCCUCCUAAAACUCUGAACGAAGCCGGUACAAUGGCCGCUUGUUACAGCAGUGGCUGGGAUGCCAAGAUAGUCACCAGUGCAUGGUGGGUACAUUCUCACCAGGUCUCCAAAACAGCUCCGAGUGGAGAAUAUCUCACGACGGGUAGUUUCAUGAUUCGUGGGAAGAAGAAUUACUUGGCCCCAGCUAACCUCAUCAUGGGGUUUGGUUUCAUGUUCAAGCUUGAUGAGGAGAGCAUUCUGAAACAUGCCAAUGAACGAUGUGAAAAAAGCGAUGAUUUUAAAACUGCUGAUGAUGGAAAGGAAAAAGAUGAAAACGUUGAUGUUGACAAUGUGAGUGAUGAUAUUGAAGAAAUGAACAAUGAAGAUACUAAUAGCGAUGCCUCCCGUUCCGAUGAUGAUGAUAAAUCAGUUGAAGAAGUAGCCAACUCGCGUGCUGAGCAUGUAGAUGUUGUGACAGCAAAAGUUGAGAAUUUGGAAGUCAAAACAAGUAAAAAUUGCUUGGAUACUGACGAUGGAGAUUCUGUGCAUAAAAAUGAUGUUCAAAGGUGUGAAAGUCUGCCUGAUGAAGAUAAAACUGAAGAAGACAUCAUAGAUGAGGUAGAUGAAGAAAAUAAUGUAAUGAAUAAUGAAAAUACUAUGAUGAAUAAGAAUUCAAAUCCUGAAAUUAUUGCUUUUCCAGAUACAGAAGUUAAAUUUAAUGUUUUACAUGAGGAUCAAGAUCUUAUGAAAAAGCCGGUACCUAAACUGAGCUCCACUGGAGUAAUGGUGCAAGAGCACAAAAAGAAGGCUCGUAAAACUCAAAAUGUACAGUUUAAUUUAGAAAACAGUGUAGCUAAAGAAAAAUGUUCUCAGCAGAAAAGAGGACAGAAAGGAAAACUGAAAAAAAUUAAAGAGAAAUACAAAGAUCAAGAUGAAGAAGAAAGACAACUUAGAAUGUCCAUAUUGGCCUCGGCUGGUACUACAAAAGAAGACAAGAAAAGUAAAAAUAAAAAAUCCGAAGACAAAAAAUCAGUUAAUUCUCAGUCAAAAGUGAACAAAAACGUUAACAAAGUUAAUUUCAAUGAAGCAUUAAAAGAAGAAAUUCCAAUCUUAGCUGAAGAGAAAGCUCCUUCAGAGAGUCAAGUAUCACCUCCUGAUGCAUUGCUGGAAAAGAACAGUGUUCCUGUACAGAAAUCUGGUGAUAAAAUGAAUGAUGCUUCAGAUGAAGAAGCGGAGGACGAUACACAAGUUUCAGAUGAAUUGAAGUUAUUGAACUCUUUAACUGGGUGUCCACAUGCCGAUGACAUAUUAUUGUUUUCAGUUCCUGUUUGUGCGCCAUAUACCUGCAUGUUAAACUAUAAAUAUAAAGUGAAAAUUAUACCUGGCAGUCACAGAAGAGGUAAAGCUGCAAAAACAGCCUUAAAUGUGUUUUUGUGUGAUAAAACGGCAACUUCUCGGGAAAAGGAUCUGUUAAAAUGUGUUAAAGAUCAAGACAUUUCUAGAAACUUGCCGGGGAAAAUUAAAAUAUCUGCUGGAAAUAUAAAAAGAGGCAAGUGAUGAGGAUGUAUCUCAGAUUAAAAGUUUGAAUGAACUGCCUUGUGAUAAAUUCAGGUUGUGUCAUCACUGCUGAAAAAUAAGGAAGGAUUUCGAAUUCAAUUUUGAUUAUGCUUGUUGAAAAAUGUUGAUUGUUACAGAAGCAAAUCUAUUUAAAAUUUUAAUUUACUUUUAAAAUAGCUGUUGUUUUAGAAAAAAAGAAUUAAAAAAAUUUUC